GAAUAGGUAGAAAUUGAAAAAAGUCUUGCAAAGUCAUUAACUUCCUCCUCCCUUCCCAUCAAACAGGAAGUUCGUUUAAAACAAAAUAGGCGAAUAUCCGGGGUUCAUCGGUCCGGGUGUGUUGUCCGAGGGAAGGAGAAGGCAAAGAGAUCCCACACACGUUCUUUCUUUCCUUCCUUACUUUCUUUCUUUCGCAUCGAUUCGCGGCGCGAGCCGUCGACGUCGACGGCCCGUUAUCGAGCCCUUUCUACUUCGAUCGAAAGCGGAACGCGGUGGACGGGUAAGCGACAAGCGACGCUACACGGCAUGGCGAACGAGAUCGUUCGGUCUCUCUCUCUCACAUCCGUCUCGAGGAACAGCUGAUCCUGCGUUAUCGAGGGAGAGAGAAACGCCAGGGUACGUGGUACCCCCUUAAAUACGAGCCACGGAAACGUCGGCCACGCCGGGCGGUUACCGCGGCUUCCUCGCGCCGCUCUGGGACCUGGGACGGCGGACGGCCAUGCGUCCGGAGGCAUCCGGAGCCCGGAAAAAUCAAUGCAACGUGACAGCGCGUAGUGAAGCCCUCCCGUCGACUAUACGACCGACCGCAACCGCGACACGGCACGCCGAGGUCUCAGGUUAUGUCACGACGUCUGGCGUGGUGUAAACACGCGUAUCCCCGUAUCGCCCUGAUCGUGUAAACGCAGCGUCGAUGAGGCGGCGCAACCAGAAGACUGACAGGAUGCUGAAGCUGGACGAGAUCGAGGGCGAGAACGUGCCCAAGAAGACGAGGAAGACCGCGGAGGAGAAGAAGAGCAAGGGCCACAGGAAGAGCAAGCAUGCCAGUGGCAGUGGACGUAAGUUGCGAAGUAGCGUGGAAGCUGUUCCGCACAAAGUGGAGCCCCCGGAAGAGGAAACGCCGAUGGAUUUGCUCUACCUCACGAAGGAUCCCUCUGGCGUGUCCUGCAAGAUCGAGCCUUCCGUCUCCAACGAGGACAAUUACAUCCCAAUGCCCCCGUUGAGGACCCUCGAGGACGCGGGAGUCAGAAUGGAGGAGCUGUUUGAGCAGAGCAUGCAUAAAAUCUCCAAGAAUCAAAAGAACGGCAGGUGGAAGCAUAGCUACAACAAGAUGGUAUACUUGCGGAAAUGCGCGGCUAACAGCGAUCAGUCGACGCAGGACGAAACCAGCCAAAGCACGUCCUCCGAGGAGCACGAGCGUAUCCCCAAGAUCAUCUUGGAGGACAUCGUGUACGACAACUCAGCAAAGAUCAAAAGAGACAAGAAGUGGACGAAAAAGGUGAAUCCCCUAUCCCUGCACUACACGGAUAAGAAGAGACCCUAUCUCAAGUGUCCCGCAUGCGGUGCGACAUUCUUCAGCCCGAACACCUAUCAGAGGCACCUGCUCUCUCACCUGCACGCGACGGCGGAUAACGGUUACAUGUGUAAUUUUUGUAAUUACUGCAACGCCGAGCCCGGAAUGUUAUUUGCUCACUUGACCAAGCAUCAAAACCAAUGUGAAUCCUGCAACGAGAGCCUGCUGCGCAAGGACAACUAUGAGAAGCAUUAUCAGUGCUCGACCAGCUUGCUGGAGUACGGCCUGAAGCGCGAUCAUCACGGAAUGUUCGCCUGCGCGGUCUGCGAGUUGGUAUUCGAUCUCCUGGCACAGCUGGAAAGGCACUGGUUCAAGCACACCUGUAAGAAACAAAAGUCGUAUCAGUGCAACGAGUGUAGCGGUAUCUACGAGAACCUGGAGACCCUGAAGAAUCACAUAUGCCUCAAGUGCCCUAUUUGCGGCGAGGUCUACGAGAAUCUCCACCGAUUGAAGAUACACACAAUGUGGACGAAGCACAACCUGAAGUGUCCGAUCUGUUCCUACGAGUUUAUUCUCUCCAUGGAUCACGAGAAACACAUGGCCCUACACAGAAAGGUUUAUCAGCCCAUGAAAUCGUCGUCCAAUGAUUACAUGCAUUGUUUGCGCGCGGCCGACGGUAAGACAUUUCAAUGUAAUCUAUGCGACAAAAUAUUUUACGCCUUAUCCGCUCUUCGCACUCAUCUCACGGAGGAGCACAGCGUGGGGAAUGUAAAAGUGGAAGAGGAGGAGAUUAUGGAAGACGACGGUUACGAACUGAAGGGGGACGCUAUCGAUAUCGUUGUAGUUCCUGACUUUAAAGACUCGGACAUCUACUACGACAACGAAAUCGAUCCUUUGAAACAAGAAACCGAUCUCUACGAUCCGUCAUAAAGACAAAAAAAAUAUCGUUUGAGUUUCUUAAGUCGUGAAAAUGAAAGCAACAAACUUUUCUUAUGAACGGUCGUUAGCUUUUACUGUUAAUCCUCUCGAGCAUUCUCGUAAUAGUGAUACUAAAGUUGAGCUCUCAAAUAAAACUGAUACAGUUGUAAGUGCCGUUUAUAUAGAUGUAAUUUAUGCGCUAUUUUUAAAAAUGUGUAUCGUUUGCUUCAGGAUUUUUAUAUCAAUUUAUACCACAGAACGUUAAUUUUACACAGAACACGUUACAUUCUUCUUCUGUCUUUUUCUGUUAAGUAAAAUAUAUCGAUGAUAAUUAAACACAUAUAUUAGCGAUCCAAAAGUAGAUAAGGAGGGAAAUAGGUACAGAACAUAUAGUCGUGAAACGAUCGAAAUAGCAGGUAUUUUCUGAUGAACUUAACAAAUUCGACCGCCUGCGCUACUCUGUACUGAUGUACGGAAAAUUAUAUUGUACUUGAAAUUAUUCAAAAAAAAAAAAAAAAAAUAUUAACAUUGACCGAUGAGAAAUAGCAGAUAUAUAUCUUAGGUAAAAUAUGUCAUAUUUCAUCAGUCCAAAUAUUUUUGCAUUUGGAUAAUUUCACGUACAGUACGGGUUUUAAUAUGCACUAGCGCAGAGCAGUACAAUCGAAUUCUCUACAAGCUAUCGUCAAAAAAUUUAGGAACACAUUCAGAUAAACAAUUGGUAAUAAUAGCGAUUUUGUUAUCCUGAUUCGUUUUAUAGAAACUUUGAAAAA